AUGUUUGAACAAGGUUUGGUCAACAUACCUUUUAUCGUUGAUGCAGCUAACACACGACUUGGACAUGGUGAACGGCAGCCGCUGAACGGCAAGAACAAAGCGGACCAGGGAAACUUGGGAGAAACCUUCGAUCCUGUAUCUGUGAACAUUAGCGGCACAAUGUUAUUUGCUGCAAGACCUUUACGGAUGGAGCGGAACUUUUCCUGCUUAAAUUUUGAAUUUAGUUGUAAACACCAGGAGUCUCAAUUUUACAUCCCUGACGUCGUUCUCAGUGAAACAAACACUUUAGGUGUGUCAAAUGGAUUCUCUCACGAAGCCCCAGCUUAUGAAACGUUAAAAAAGCCAACAAAUCUUGCUCGACGAAACAACGAAUACCAACCGCCUGCCUCCGAACGACCCAUAUUUGUCAGUACACCGCAUUACGAACCAUCUUCGUGUUCUGUCACGGAAGCUGCGACUGUCAUCCCUAGCCCCAUAUCUCGCGACCCCAAGCAUGACACCGACUACUUUUUGAGAAAGGCGAAGCGGAUAUCACGUCUCUACACCGAUUCAAACUCAUUCGACCAAUUUGACGGCAUUGACGUGGACACUUCCCUGUUAGACUAUUUGGUUAGACAUGGGGCUAUUUCUGAAGAAACUAGUCAGCAGAUCUUGCUAGCCAGACCUACGGAUAGAAAGGGCAUGUUACUUGUAUCGUUAGGGGUACCCUUGAUUGGCGAUCACUUAACAUGUGGUGCCCUUCAUCCAUCAAAUCCAGUUUCCACCACUGGGUUUGCAUUGUUAAUCAAUGCGUUGCGACAUACAGGACAUCAUUCUUUAGCCAGUCAACUGGACAUCGGACGACGAAUAACACCAUCACCGGGCCUUGUUGCCUGUGAAAUAGAAAGUCACGGUAAGCUCCUUUUCCAACUCCCCCCACUUGACAGCCCACUGACAGUGCUGGAUUUAUGCACCAAUUUAUCAGCUCCCGCCUGCAGUGCGCAGCUACCUCCCCCUCCCCCCAAAUCAUCGGUGAACAAAACUGCGGCAGCUAAAACCACUGUACGACGAGUACGCGGCUUUUUAACUAACCACCUCAACAUCAUUCUUGGCAUGGCUCAGGAGCAAGGACAGUUCUGA